AACUGUGAAUUAUUUGCUUUUAUUCCAAUUUCCUUCUUUAGUAUUUAAACGAUUCAUAAAUACUUAAUAAUUUUACGCGGAUUAAUUGUGUCAUUUCAUAGAAUAAUUAAAAAAAAAGGUUUUGUACGCGAAGUGCUUCGAGGCUAAGCAAAUAAGUUCCUGUAUAUCAGAGUCUAAGUAUUAAUAUAAAUUGGAAUAUAAAUUACCCAUGCAUAUUUUACAGCUGUGUUGUCAUAAAGCAGCUAUUUGGCACUUAAGCCGAUAAGCUGAAAAAAAAUCGCCAUUUUUUUCUGCUGUAUAGUGUUAUUUUAUUCCAAUACAAAUGACGAACUGACAUUAGAGCUGUUCAAAGUAUAACUAUAAAUGUAAUAUUUGGUAAAGGGUGUAGCAGACCUAUAUUCUUCAUGUUAAAUAACUGCUGUAGCUGAUAGAAUUCAAUUCAUACGUUAACACUAUUUAAAUCUCGGCCUCGGUAAACAGGUAUUAGCAUAUCCGAGUCAUUUAACAAUUGUAGUAAAAUGUAAAAAAGUUCUUUAACUCUAUCGCAAGGUGAAAGGACCAUCCUUCAUCUCUCCAUUCUUUCACCAAUGGAAUAUGAUUUAAGGAUGUCAUGUGAUUUCUCUUGUGACUUUCGGAGGAUAAUUUGGAAUUACAUUUGACAAACAAUGGAAAGGCAAUCUCUGCACGCGCUCUGGGCAAUUGUCGGAUGGCUUUUAAUUGUUCCAUCUUAUCGCCAUCAUGUCCGUGCCCAGGGCGCAGGCGGGUCGACGGGCCGGGAUUUGGGAGAGUCAGCUGAUUGGAGAGAGUGGUCCAUGUGGACGGACUGCAUGAGCACGUGCCAGCCCCAACUCGCGUCCAGGUCAAGGUCGUGCCUCAGUUCGGUGGCCGACAAAUGCACGGGGAUUCAAAAGCAAUAUAAAGUCUGCGAUAAGAAGCACUGUAUAGGGGCAGCGGUGGACACACGGCGGACAGAAUGUGAGCGGCAAACGAGGGUUCCGUUCAGAGGACGGAAUUAUCACUGGCUUCCGUACAUCCAUCCGGAGGGUGAAUGUGAAGUGGCGUGUGAGGCAGCUCGUUAUGGCUUCAUUGUGCAGUUUGGUCGUCCACUGGCUGAUGGCACCGCCUGUAGUAUGGAUUCUAAAUCCAACAAAAUCUGCCUGCAUGGACGCUGCCAGGUGGUUGGGUGUGAUGGCGUGGUGGGAUCUGGUUUGAGGGAGGACCACUGUGGUGUGUGCGGGGGAGACAAUGAUUCAUGUCGUGUGAUUGCUGGAAUCUUCACCCGGAGUCACCUUGAGUAUGGCUACAACCACAUCACACGGAUACCCCAGGGUGCCUGCCAUGUCAACGUCACUGAGCUUGCUUACAGCAGAAACUACCUCGUUUUGAAGUAUACCAAUGGAACAGGAAUUCUGAACAGCGACCGGAGCAUGAUAAAGGGCCCAGGGCUGUAUAAGGGAGCAGGGACCACAUUCUCCUAUGGAAAGAGGGCAGGACCAGGCUGCCCUGGAGAGUGUGUCUACACAGCAGGGCCUCUCUCCCAGGAUUUAGAUAUACAGUUACUUACCUACAGAAGAAACACUGGUAUCAAGUAUUUCUUCACAGUACCAAAAGACAUGUUGGAGGAGAUCAUGACUAGAAUAUCUCCUUCAACGAACCGUCGACACCCUACAAGUGGCAUUGGACAGGACCACAAGCCAAGUGUAGGUGUAGGAUCUGCUGGUCCACAAAUAAACUUUCAGAAGGAGCCCGAGUAUGUGGCCUCAGAGAACCAACGCACAGCGUACCAGGCAUUCAAGAGUAAUGGGCAGUCAUAUGACACGCAAAGUGCUAUAGACAGGUACAGACAGGGCUAUACUGCUCAUACUAAUACUAUUAGUUCUGAUUUGGUGCAAGACUCUAAUGCUCGUCUACCAAGUUAUGAGACACACUCAUCACAGCAAGUGGCUGGCAGUGGGGUUCGAUAUGGUCAGGUGCCAAACAGGGUAAACACCAUCCCUGACAGUGGCUAUAACAGUGGGUACUAUGACAGUAACAGGAAUGUUUACUAUGGAAAUAAUGGCAACACCAUUCCAUCCCAGAAACAGAAGCUUGAGGUGCCAAACACGUUUGAUGAUGUAAACUUCCAUUGGACAAUAUCAGGCUUCACGGAGUGUUCAACUACCUGCGGAGGAGGGAUGCAGGACACGAAGGUAGUGUGUAUGAAGCGAAAGAGCAAUCUGAUUGUGACGGAUGAGAACUGUGACCCAGCCAAGAAGAAUGUGCAGACUGUUGUGUGUAACAAGUCACCAUGCCCACCGGACUGGGAGGGUGAGCCAUGGUCAGUGUGCAGCAGGACAUGUGGAGUGGGCGUACAGACUCGCCAGGUCGAGUGUCGACAGCGGUACUCAGAGAAUAUGUCCGUCCCAAUAACGGCAAGCCUCUGCAACUUCCAGGCAAGGCCAGAAACAUCCCGCUCAUGUGAGGCAAAACCAUGCGCUCAAUGGAGAACUAGCAAUUGGACAAAGUGUUCAGUAGAGUGUGGUCUUGGCCAGCUGACACGGGAUGUGGACUGUGCCAACACAGAGGCAGAGCAGGUUCCUGACCAGGAAUGUGCAGGCCCCAAGCCCGAGGCCAGCCAGUCGUGUGAUAUGGGCACCUGUGCUAAAGGCUGGUUCCACACACCUUGGGUGAAGAAGUGUACCAGCUCCUGUGGCCGGGGGUAUGUGACACGGUCCUUGUAUUGCCUGGCAGAGGAUGGUUCUCAGCUUCCAGAGACCAAGUGUGGCAAGAAACCUCGAGCAAAGAAGUCAUGCAGAAGCAACCGGCCAUGUGGGGGCUCCUGGUUUGAGGGACCCUGGUCCGAGUGUUCCUCCACAUGUGGGACCGCUGUUCAGUCCAGGGAUGUUGUGUGCAUUAAGAAGUUGGACAAGAAGUUGUUUGCGGUUGUUGAGGCUGUGAACUGUAAGAGGAGUAGUAAGCCGGAUACCUCGCGUCCCUGUCCGGGCCUCCCUGAGUGCCCUGCUCAGUGGCAUAUGACACACUGGACACAGUGCACUCAGACGUGUGGUACAGGACUGAAGACACGGGACAUCAAAUGUAUGGGAUCAGAUGCCCGGCCUAGCUCCACGUGCCUCGCCAACAAAAGACCAAGCCUCCGGCGCACGUGCAACACUCAGGACUGCAGUCUACCUCAGCUUGAUGAAGAUCCAGCAUGCAAGGACAAUGUGAGUCAAAACUGUCAGAAGAUCGUCCAGUCUCGCCUGUGUCCGUACCAGUACUUCAAGGACCAAUGCUGCCACUCCUGCCGCCUGCACCACCUUCAUCAUCAGCAACAACAGCAGGAUGAAGCCCAGGGGUCCUAACACACACCUGAAUGGAUCUGUCCAGCAGGGUUAACAGUUUAGUGCCAAAGUCCACCACGUGUACAUGGGUCAUCCUAUUACUCAUGUGUGAUAUAUUCAUAGUAUCAAACUGGCGUUUUCUGCAUUUCAAUGUCAGUCAUGACAUUUUUCACAUUUGAAACUGCAAAUACAUUAGUAGGAGUUUGUUAACUCACUUAGUUAUGAGUUUGUACAUAGGCUGGUGUUCAUGAAUGACUUCCAAGUCGCCAUUCUGUGAUGACAAACCUCUGUGCUGUGUGUUACCAUGUUUCAUGUAUAGGCAGGUGUGUAUAAAGCCUGCAAUAUCAACCUCCAGUCCUACCUGGCCAGUGGCUGGAAAGCCCAGACAACAAUGGGUAGCGGGUAGUCUUAUGUAUUUUGACCAAUACAGAUCAUGGUGCCUGUGCCGGCAUUACCGGUGCAGCCACUAGGAAGUCAUGUUGACGAUCUUAGAUUGUGAAUAGGUGACGGUAUCAGUCUUUCAGAUGUUUUACUGUUAAGUAUGUAUUUUGUAAAUGGUGAAACUUCUUUUCAUUAAAGUUGUAGAUUUUUUCAAAUGGCUCAAAGAUCUAUUACUAUCUCUACAUCUGAACUACUUGCAUACUUCAAACACAGUGCGAGUCUUAUGAAUUUCUGUUCAAAGCAAAUUUAUAAGAAACAAUGUUACAGACUAUAGAAAUAUUGUUUUGUUUUACUUUCUUUUUAAAAAUGUGUCUUUGACAAAUCGGAUACCUUUUUAAAGGUACAAUCUUCUAAUUGCUUCCCAUUUAUUGUUAAUUAACUGCUGACACAGGCCUCCUAGUGAACCUUUAAAACCAGUAUUAACCUAAGUGACCUUUAUAUUUUUAAUUCAAAAAUUAUAAAAGCCUGUAAUUCAUUCCCAAAACCUUUAGUUUUUUUUCACACAGUGAGAGUGUGUCCAUGGAGCAAUAAUAUUUAAUCUAUAUUGUUCUAUUCACUCUUGAAAACUGCAGCCUUAUGAAGCUGCUUCAAUAUAUCGUCUAGAGUAUUUUAGAAAGCUGCUCAUGUGCUUACCAGACCAUUGAACAUGUGUCAUCCGGGAGCUACAUACUUAAAAUGGUUUGGUGAAAAUACAGCAUUCUGAAGACUUGAUCAUAAAGCCUGGUUAAAAAACCUUGAUUCACAGCGAAAAAAUAGCUAAUUCUGUCAAAUAAUAUAUUAUGUUAUAAACCCAUUAAACAACAAAUAUAAGUCUUUAUUUGCUUUUUUAUUUUGACAGAUAUCAACCUAAAAUACCUUUAUUUUGUCAUGUUUACACUAACCUUAAUUUCCACUAAGGAGGCCUGCUAAUGCCAUUCUUGUUUAAUUAUUAAAUUUCCUUUGGUACUGGCAGCUUUGUGGUGUACAUACACCAUAUAGUUGUAAAUGGCAAACAUUGUGGAUUUGUAACCUUUAAAAUCCAUAUACAUUCAGGAUAUUUAUAAAAAUGGCAAACAGUAUGAAUUUAUAACAUUUAAACUCAAAAUGUGAUUACGGUAAAUAUGUUGAACAGCGUAAGAAUAUAUGUGUUCCACCUAUUUGCAUAUUCCAAGUGUUUUGUAUUAGUAAGGGUCUAGUGAACUGUGUUUUCCCUGCUAUUUGAAUGAUGCGUUCUCUUUAUCUACUGUAAGUGGACCACUGCCAUAUCAAGCUAGGUUCAUGUAAUACAGUAUUUAUUAGAGGCUUUCUGGUGUUUUUUAGAGAUUUAUCAGUGAAAUAAAAAUGAUAUUUCACUGCUUUAAACAGAGAAAAAACUGUUUAACAUUUCUAACAACUUUUAGCCUGCUCUCAAUUCCAAAUCGAACGUCAGCUCGCAUAAGGCUAGGACAAAAAAUUCCCGAGGUUUUCGAAAUGAUGUUUGCAUAUAAUUUGGUGCUCUUUUCUGAAAAACAAUAAUUUACUGUAAUUUUAUAUCCAUUUUAGGCAAUAAAUAAAAAGAGAAAGUGUAAGAUUGCAAUAUAUUUCACCUUGUGAACACCAAAGGUAUAUACUUCACUCCCGACUACGCCACUGGUGAAAUAUAGCUUUUGGGUGCUCACUUGGUAAAAUAUAUUAUGAUCUUACACUGAAUCAAACAAUUAUCCUCUAUUUACUCUCUAAAUAAUCAACAGUUACCAUUACGAUUUUGCACUUUGACUUAACUCAGUCAAGAAUGACUUUUUGUUUGAUAUUUCUAUAUAAAUAUAUAUGUAUUCAGUCAAAACCAAACUAAAAAUACAAGGUUAUUGAAUAAGUAAUAUUAGCUACCAUUUUGAAAAAUUCAAUGAAUGUUUUGAUGCAUUUAGCAGAGGAUUUUUAAGAGACUUGAGUUCUUUUUCAAUGAUAAGAAAUUGUUCAUUCUUUCAGAAACAGGGUAAAUAUUUAACAGCAUUUUCCCAACCUGUGCUCAUUAUAGCAGUUUGAUAGUUAACAUGUUGCAAGGUACAAUUCCUACAUUCAUAGUAUGUGUGAAUGUCCUUACGGUAUUGUCACAUUUUAGCAUUUUUCCAAAAACCUACCAACAUAGUUUCUUACAACAAUUUUGUCUAACAAAAUAGGUUAUACAGAAUGAAUUUCAAGAACCAAACCAUUCCUGUUUUUUGUACUAAAUACCGGUAGUUACAUUCAGGUUUUGUAAUGCAGCGAGUCGGAUUCCAUAUGUAACCCUACCCACAAUACAAAGCAAAAUUGUACAUAAAUAUAGAGUGUAUGGUAUUUUGAAUGAAUAGAUAAUAUUGCGUACUAAUUUAAAUGGCAUUUGUGUUUUUUUAAAGUGUAUAUAAAUGUGAUUUUUUUUUAAUCUUUUAUAAAAUGUAUGCUUGAUAAAAAUGUAGAGAUAUGGCUUAUAUGGCUUAAAAUAGAGAAAUAAACAUUUCAAAACAGG